UCGUCAUGACGCUGAAAUCCGAUCCAGUUCCUGAACAAUGAGCCUGACUUGUUGAGACAUUUAUUUUACUUUAUUUUAUUUUAAUUUAUUUUUUUAUUUGCACCGGUUCUUUUCAGGCAGCAGCUCCUCAGGUGAGUUUCAUGUCGGCACACAUUUACCUGCUGGCAGGAGCUGAGCUGUCCGUGUUUAUGUGACGUCACAUCGCCCCGCCUCCUUCCCUCCUCCCCUCCCCGCCGGGGCAGAGAGCCGCUCCGCCGCCGCCUCCUCCUCCUCCUGGAUCACACAUGGCGACCGCCGCGAAAAACUUACGCAUUUCCUAAAGCCGAAAUCUAUGGGGGGAAAACAAACGUGACAGGCCGUGGAUGAAAGUAGCCAGGUGAGGUGAUAGGACACCUGUAAAACCCGCAGCGCCGAGCCACUGUAAACACCUCAUAUACAUGGUGGAUUACAGUCUUUCUGAUGGCCCUGGAUCCAUGUUCUCCUUUGAAUCGGAGCAGGUGGCUCUGAUCUCCCUCCUGGAAUGCCCGCUGUGCUUUGAGCGUCUGGACGCCUCUGCCAAGGUGCUGCCAUGCCAGCACACCUUCUGCCUGCCCUGUCUGGAGAGGCACCAGGUGGCCCAGUCCCAGCUGUUCUGCCCCGAGUGCCUCGCUCCCGUGCCUGUCAGGACGGUGGUGGAGCUUCCUGAAAACCUGCUGCUGGUUCGGCUCCUGGAGGGGCUCCAGGGCCUGUCGGGGCCCGGCGGGAGAAGCCCGCAGAAGGUCCGGUACGCGGUGGCGGCAGAUAGGGGCAUCUUUGAGGAUCAGCAGCAGGGGAGUCAACAAAGAGAGAGGCAAGGCUACAGUGAGGCCGCCUUCAGGGCGUCAGCCAGCAACCAUCGAGCUGACGCGUCGCGGGAGCCGGUCUUCACGCCGGCCAACGGCGCCCCGACCAGCCACAAAGCGGAGGAUAACCGGCACGGCCAAAACGGCAGCGACGGCCACAGAGCGUCUCUGGGCGCGCUGCAGGCGGGCGGCCAGGCGCCCCAGCUGCAGCCCCUCCAUCAGCAGCAGCAGCAGCCCCUCUGCAGGGCGCUCUGUGACUUUAACCCCGAAGAGAUGGAUGUGGAAGACAGCCAGUAUUAUCUCAGCUUCCUCAAGGGGGACAUCCUGACCGCCGUCAGACGAGUGGACGAGCACUGGAUUGAAGCUCGGCUGGGGGAAAAAGUUGGGAUUUGUCCCAGACAGUUCAUAGAGCCAAACUCGGCCGCGGCCAAGCUGCUUAAAGGAAAGGGCCGGAGCGGGAGUGACUCAGCAGAACCUCACCAUCAGUCCGGGAGCGGGGGCCAAGACAAGGCCGCUGACGCACCCGCUCGCUCUGCCCAUUACGGAGUCCCUCAGGUCCAAGCCAAGACCCCCGCCGCCAAUGCAGUGAGGAAACAGCCCGCGGUCGGCAGCAGCAACGGCUCCUUCCAGCCGUCCGCCAACAUCAGUGCCUCCAACAGCUUCGGCCCCCAGGGUCAGCCGCAGCACUUCUCGGCGCCGCCCGCGGCGCAGGGCCGCUCCAACUCUCGCAGGUUGAACUCUCGGCGAACGAGCCGGCGCUCGGACCCCCACAGACUCCACUCACAGAGUGAAAAGAUGUCCAACGAGACCCCGUCCACAUUCUCCAUGGCUCUGAUGAACCCCCAAAUGGCCUCCACCUCUGCAGACAGCAAAAACUCCUCCACACAGCAGCUCUCGAUCAGCGUGUGCGCGGUCCUGUACUCCUACAAACCUCGACGACCGGAGGAGCUGGAACUGAGGAAAGGAGAGAUGGUGGGGGUGUACGGAAAGUUCAAGGAGGGCUGGCUGCGUGGUCUGUCGCUCAGAACGGGCAAAGUGGGCAUUCUUCCUGGAAAUUACAUCGCCCCUGUGCUCAGAACCUCAGCCAGACUUCUGGACACCAAGGCAGCCAAUGCGUCCUCGCAUUACAACACAGUGUCUGGGAAGAAACCCACCACGGCAAAGAGUCCCACUGUGGUCCUUGCUCUCGACAGGGUAGGCAGUGAUGGAACAAAAUUCUCAUCGGGACAGGUUUCAUCCAUGCCAAACGGAGCACAGCAUGCUGUGUCCUCCAGCGGAGCUGCUAAACCGUCCUUCUAUGGGACGUCUCAAGGUUGGGACUCUGUGAGGCGUAUUUUCAACCCGCAAAGAGCUGCAAACCGUCCCUCCCAUAUGUCGUCUUACAACUCGCAACCUUUUGCACAAGUCCAGGCGUCGGGGUACUCGCCUGCCCUGCAGAGAAAGAGAAACAGCAGCUUCCCAUCCAACUAUAAACCUUACGGCUGGAUGACCGAGCCGGCAGCGCCCUCUGCUGCUGCUUUCACGAAGGACAGGGACUUUGGCGCUUCGCAAGAAGCAGCGUUUCAUCAUCACAGGCAGUCUGCUGCAAAUGCGCCUCAGUCGAUUCUGGUCAAACCUGACUCACAGAAAAACGGCACAGAUAAGCCUCCGAAAUCAGUGCGGUUCCUGACAGAUGAAGAGUCUCCUCCUCCUCCAAGACAUCGGACCUCCUCCUGGUCAUCGGGCUCACAGGUCCACCCAAACUGCCGUCCUGGGUCCCUCCCUCUAGAGGUGUGGGCCCCGUCCCUCACCAUGGGAAGAGACGGCCCAGGGAUCAUUCUCAGAGAGGGAAAAGGUCCGGUUCUUAGGAAGGGCUUCGAGACGCCCGUCCCCGAUCUUAACUCCAACCCACAGAAACCGUUCCACUCCCAGCCGUCGCUGUCGGCCCUGUCUGCUCAGUUCAGCCCCAUCAGACACAGAGUGACCACAACACAUUUAGCCCAGACAGACUCAGAGCUCAGUCUGCUUCAAGGAGAGGUGGUCUUGGUCCACAGACCCCGGCCUGACGGACGCAUCCUCCUCACGCAGGAGAGCAGCGGACAGACGGGCAUUUUCCACAACACUAUUCUUCAAGCCCUUGAGAGGCUUAGCUGACUGUGUAUUAUGGCUGAAUUUAUGAAUAUUCCUAUUAUAUCUGUUCAAAUUGCCAAAAUGACUUAAUGGACCAACUGAACAAAAGGAGCAUUGAUGUCCAAAACCCAAUCCUGCCAGAUGACAAUCAUAUGAAACAGGUUUUUUUGUUGUUUUUUUUUUGGACCGGAGUGGAUGUGAGAGCGUGGGUAAAGUCUCCAGAGAUAUAUUUUCUGUUCUGCAAUGUGUGUGCAUGUUAGUGACACGUGAUACUACUCAAGUUUUGCACUAAAACCCCACUUCAGGAUCCUUGCUUUAUCUGUUACACACUAUGGUGAGUGCCUUUUUUAAAAAGCCACCAAGAAAAAGGAAAUAUAUAUACAUAUAUAUAUUUGUAUAUAUUUAGAGAAAUUAAGUAAAUUAUCUGUAAUGCUUUUGUGCAAAUAAAGUAUGCUUCCAGA